CAUAGUAUAAUAUCUCUCUUCUCUCACCUGCUCCUCCCUUUUUCUUUCUCUCUCUUCAGAGAUUCUCAGAAAACCAGGUACCAUUUAAUUUUGGAGUUCUCAAGAAGAAGGGAGAAGAGAGAGAAACAGAGAGAGGGAUAGUUAGAGAGAGAGAGAGAUGAAGGUUUUGUGCAUAGCUUUGAUAUUGGUGGUUUGCCUGUUUGAUGUGAGAGUGAAUUCACAAACGGAUUCAUGCAGUUCCAAUCUUGAUCUUGGUGCUUCGGUCUCCUUCAACACAAGCUCUCUCAUUUGCCUCUCUGUUUGGAGCUCUCACAAUUAUAUCCUCCGGUAUGGGCAAACCAGUCAGAACACAUGGAGCUUCGUGCUUUCAGCCCCCAACAACAAUACAUGGGUCGGAAUCGGCUUCUCACCCAGUGGAUCAAUGGUGGGUUCGAGUGCAGUUGUGGGAUGGUUGCCUACAAAUGGCAAUGGAGUAAUCAAGCAAUAUUACUUAGGGGGUAAGAGCACCCCUCAGGUGAACCCAGACCAAGGUGACUUGCCCCUUGAUAACUCGAGCCUUGUGCUGGUCUCGCAGUCUUCGCGCCUCUACUUAGCUUUCCAGCUCCAAACUGGCAUGCCCCGAACCCGGCUCCUCUAUGCCCUAGGCUCCCCAAAUGACAUCCCUUCUUCCAAUGCCAGGAUUUCCCAACACCAGGACAUGAUCUCUACAUCCAUCGAAUACUCAACAGGAACAAGCUCAACUACAGGCACCCCUUACACUACUCUAAGAAGAACUCAUGGGUUGCUGAAUCUGGUGGGAUGGGGCAUUCUCUUGCCAAUAGGAGCCAUAGCUGCUCGUUUCUUGAGGCAAUGGGAUCCCUUGUGGUUUUACCUUCACCUAGGCUUCCAAACCACUGGGUUUGCCCUUGGAUUAGCUGGGGUAAUUUCAGGGUUUAGGCUCUAUGACAAGCUCGCUGCUGAUGUCCCCAAACAUCGUGCCAUUGGGAUCUCCAUCCUUGUAAUUGGGUGCCUUCAGGUCAUGGCAAUAUUGGCUAGGCCAGACAAGGCCUCAAAGGUUAGGAAGUAUUGGAAUUGGUACCACCAUUGGAUGGGGAGGGGCCUUGUCAUACUUGCAGCUGCAAAUAUUUUCUAUGGCAUUCAUCUUGGUGAGGAUAAACCCAAGGCAUGGAAUGUUGGGUAUGGGGCUUCUCUUGGUGUAUUGGCCACCAUUGCUUUUGUACUCCAGUUGAGGAUGUGGAUGGCUAAAUAGUGGGGAUGAAAGAUAGAAGAUUGUACUCUUUUUCUUUCUUUCUUUUUUUUCUUGUUUGUUUGCAUAUUUUUGGUAGGACUUGGCAUUUUUUAUCCUCACUUUUGACUUGGUGAUAGUUUAUUUUUUCAUUUUUUUUUUCUUCAUAGCUAUGAUUUUGUGUAUUCUUCUUUUUAUUAUUGAUGUAACUAUCACUUGGACCGUUAUAUACAUAGUUUCCUAAGGUUUGAAGU